GCGCUUGCGCCAACUUGGGUGCUUGUGUUCGAAUAGUGUUAAGUGAAUCGUUUUGUUUUUUGUUUAGAUUUAGAAUUGUAACUGAAGGCUAUGUGCUACUGCUAAAACUGUGUUUUGGUGUUUCUCUUGAGCUGAGUCAGUUUAUUGCGGCGUUUAGAGUUCUUUGUACCCUAUAAUUAUUACCAAUAAAUCCUACUUGCAAUUUAUUAUAAGAUUCAGUGUGGAUACAGUUACAAAAGUCUGUUGAACUAUGAGUUCUUACUACAUAGUGUUGCUCCAGUAUCACCCAAAACGACUUACUGAAUAAGAAAAAAAGAAGUCGCGUUCUCGAAAAUGCGAGUUCUCAUCCCAAAGUUUCUGAUUUUCUGUUUGAGUGUAUCAUUUUUUGUUGUGAAUGCUGAUUUACCUACAGAUGAUCAGGCUAAUCUGAGCGGAAGAGUGUCUUCGACCGAAGGGAAAAAAUGUCAGUUCGAAUGUGAGAUAACACGUGAAUGCAUCCCCAGGAAGUUGGUUUGUGAUGGAACUCUUGACUGUGCCGAUGGCUCCGAUGAACAGUCCUGUGUGUCAAACGUAGCAUGUUCUCCUGGUCAGUUCCAAUGUGAAUUGACAAAAAAGUGCAUACCCUUGGGCUGGAUCUGCGAUGGAGAAGCCGAUUGCGGAACUGCUGAAAAUUUUGUUGUUGACAAAUCGGAUGAGGAUCCAACUACAUGCCACCUACCAAGUUCAUGUCUCCCGAAUAGAGCCCGAUGUCCGAAUUCAACCGAUUGUCAGUUAUUGGGUAAUUUCUGCGAUGGUAAACCUGACUGCCCAGAUGGUAGUGACGAAGGAAUUUUUUGCUUUCCUUCUGUUGAGGAAGGCAUUAAAGCGUGCCAAGAUCUGAACUGUUCUCAUGGAUGUAAACCUCAUGGAAUUUCUUCAGAAAAUCGGACAGAAGUGAAUUGCUUCUGUCCGAUUGGAAAGAUACCUGUUGGUAGUCGAUGUCUGGAUGAGAAUGAGUGCCUUGUUGAUGGAACAUGUGACCAGCUAUGCAACAAUACACAAGGCUCUUUCACUUGCUAUUGUGUCAAAGGCUACCGUCAGAAUGGAACAAGAUGUUUUGCUGUCAAUGAGCCAGCCAGCGAACCACCCACUCUCAUCUACAGCAGCAGCUCGGAAAUCGGCCGCCUGCUUCUGAACGGAUCGCGUCUGCCAGGCGAACAAGUGGUGCGUCUGCAAACUCUAGCCAUCGAGUUCAACCAUCGCAAUCGGACAGUUUGCUUCAUCAACGGCGCCAAUCAACUGAGCUGCGCCCCUGUCGAUAGCCUGGAGCGGAGGUGGUUAUUGCCCAAGCACAAGGUGUUUCAGUUGACGGCGGAUACACAUAUCGCCCUGGACUGGGUGUCAGGCAACUGGUACUUCCUCGACGAUCUCAGGGAGAUGAUCUACAUCUGCACGGCAAACAUCAAGCACUGCAUGAUCAUCAUAGAUGUCGAACUGAGUAAGCCGAGGGCGAUCGCGUUGGAUCCGACCAAGGGGUACAUGUUUUUCACGAAAUGGGGUAUGACUAGUCCAAAGUUAGAGAGAGCUCAGCUGGAUGGUACAAAGAGACGCACUCUCGUUCACCAGAAAAUCGUCUAUCCGUACGGUUUGACAGUAGACUUGCCGAAUGAACACAUCUACUGGGUUGACACCUACUUAGACUUCGUUGAACGAAUCGACUAUACCGGAAAGAACAGAAAAACUGUCAGGAAAGGAUAUCCGGUACAAAAUCUCUAUGGAAUAUCAAUGUUCGAGAACGAUCUUUAUCUAACAAGUUGGAAAGAACAAAGCAUCAUACGUCUGAACAAAUACAAUUCGAGUGAUUUUGAGAAAAUUGCUAAUUACAGCAGACCAUUCGCUGUGAUGGUCUAUCACCGACAACGACAACCUCAAGUUGAUCAUCCGUGCGCCAUUAACAAUGGCAACUGUCAGCAUUUCUGCAUUGCUUCCUACAAAAUGGACGCUGAUGGAAACAGUGUCGGGGUGGCACAGUGUCUGUGUUGUCCCGGUUACAGGCAGCUCAAGAACGGAAAAUGUACCCUUGCCAGACGUUCUUCAUUCCUCAUCUACGCCAAGGGGCGACCCGGCAUGAUCAAGGCUAUUUCUAUGACACCAUCUGACAACAAGGAAACUUUAGUCCAGCAAAUGGUGCCCAUAACCGACCUCUCCAGACCCACUUCAUUGGACUAUGAUGUCAAAACUCAGUACAUCUACUAUUCAGAUUAUCACAAAAAAAGGAUAGAGCGACAAAAGAUAGACUCGUCGAAGCGUGAGACUGUGAUAGACGAAGGAAUCCUGAACUGUGAAGGAUUGGCGAUUGACUGGAUGGGACGUAACAUCUAUUGGACAGAUCUGGGUAGGAGCUCGAUCAGUGUGGCCAACAUUGACAAUAGCACACAACGAAGGACCAUCAUUUACGAGUCACCUCUGUCACCUUCAUCUUACACCUUUUAUCCUAGGUCCAUUGUUCUACAUCCUAAAGCUGGUUACAUGUACUGGUCCGAGUGGGCAAGCAGUGUUAUUGAACGCGCCUUCAUGACUGGUGAAAAUCGUACAAUUUUCGUGUAUCAAGAACUGUGGUGGCCAAAUGGUCUCACCAUUGACUAUUUAACCGAGCGGCUCUAUUGGUGCGAUGCUUACUCUGACAAAAUUGAACGAAUCAAUUUGGAUGGAACCGAUCGCCAGGUGGUAUUUGACGGGCCACAACUAGAUCACCCUUUCAGUAUGUCUUACUAUCAGAACUAUCUAUUCUGGACUGAAUUUCAAAAAGGUAACAUACAACGCCUCGAUCUCAGCAACAAGAGCCUUGACACUCUCUACACUGAGAACCUACCGCUCUUCGAGAUCAAAGUAUAUGAUGCAAAUGCGCACCAGGAUUCUAAUGGCUGCGGAAGUACACUGGUGUGCCCAGAACUUUGCCUGGCGACUCCGUCGGGGCCUGUUUGUGCCUGCCGCGACGGUUUCACAUUCAAGGAUGGCGGCUGCGUGCCUAUGAUUGGCUACUCGCCCAUCGAUGCGUGCAAACCGGGCAAGUUCCAGUGCAACAAGACGCGACUCUGCAUCCCGGCCGCGCGGGUCUGCGAUGGCGAUGAUGACUGUGAUGACAAUAGCGAUGAGGAUACUUCCCCUGGCGGAAUUUGUGCCAACGUGACUUGUACGAGCACGCAGUUCCGGUGCGACUUCAACCGCUGCAUUCCAUCGUUCUUUGUGUGCGACAACGACUUGGACUGUAAGGACCAAUCGGAUGAGGAUCCGGAACGGUGCGCCAAUCGCAACUGCUCUGCCGACCAGUUCGCCUGUCAGAAGUACCAUCGCUGCAUCCCCGGCUCGUGGCAGUGCGACGGCGUCGUCGACUGUCCGGAAGGCGACAACUCCGAUGAGCAUGUCAAUUGCGAAAAUAAGUACAAGUCAUGCGACCCCACCGAAUUUCUAUGCAGGAAUAAACGUUGUGUCCCAUUGGAAAUGGUUUGCAAUAAUGAGAACGACUGUGGAGACGAAUCAGACGAAGAGGGUUGUCUCGAUGUAUGUCAACAAGAAACACAGCUCUUGUCUGACACAAAAUGAGAUCUUUACCUGGUGUAUGUUGCUGAAGGAUAAAGUGAGUUUUACCACACCCUGGAACUCCAUCCAUCCAAGUUAUUUUUGGCAUCUUACAAUUUGUGAUGUCAACUUUUAGAAUAUUCUUCAGCAGCUCAGCAUUCAGCAUGAUUUGGGUGUCUCUACUGACUAGAAUAUACUUUUCCUUAGUUAAGAAUGACUUUGUUGUUUCAUUGUAGGGUACGUAUUUUCCUUCAUUUUCUAAACAGAAGCCCAUUCGAUAUGUAGUGGAUGUCGGCCACAGGAAAGUCUUAAGUCGAUUGUCGUAGAUGUUCAUCUCGUUUCUCCUUAUCUCUUGAAUACAUGCUGCUGAAGAAGAGAUAUUACUAUUCAGUGAUGAUAGUACUCCCCUAUAUAAAUCCGCAUUCAGAACAUCAUACUGUUGAAUAAAGUUCCUGAGUUCUAUCAUACUGUUCAAAAAAGCAUAAAGAAUAGAAUCAUACGGUAGUAUCCUUUUGGACAAUCUUCAGAGCCAUCGUUUUCAUGUGGUAUAUCCAAGAACUUUAGAUUGUUUAUUCCUCUGUAAUAGAAUACAUAAUUCAGGUUUUUAGUUUUAAUUACUAAACUUAAAAUGUCCAAGCAUGUAAACUCGGAGUCAAUAUCAAAAGAAUCUAUUCCAAUCGUAAUGUUGUAUUUAUUUAUCGAUGCAUAUUCGUCUAUUACCAGUAAGAGGUCACGGAUACCAAAUUGAGCCUCAUUGUUAAUAUUUUGCGCUAAUAUCAAUGUCAAUGAAUUUUUAACAAGAUGAAAACGAAUUGAGCUAUUAUUUACGUUCCGUAAAUAAACAGUAGGUAAGCUAUUGUAUUCAUCUUGACUCAGCGUUUUCUUCUUGAUUGAAUGUGCAACGCCUUCUGAAAUACGUAAACAAUUUUUAUUCCAGCGAGCUAAUGAUAAAUUAAAAUCUGUAUAUUGACCAAAGCUGAAAAUCAAAGACGUCCUACUUUUCGCUGACUGUUUUAUUAAUUCUGUUUUUUUCAUAGAUGAUAGGAAAUCUUGAAUAUCUAUUUUUAUAUUUGAUGCUGUGAAUUUAUUUGAUGAUUUUGAGCUGGAAAUUCUAUUUUUAAUCUUUUUAAGCACUUCCAUAAUUUGUUCGAUCAAUUGAUUGUUGCAAUGCUUUCACAUAGCUGGGACACUUUAGAUAGUUUACUUUGUGGUCUGAGGGUUUAUCAGCUCUUUUGCAGUUAAAACAUACUGGAGGUUUAUCGAUUGAAGGGCAGGUUUUGAUGUUGUGCCCUGUGAUGGAGCAAUGACCACAGAUAUCUUCUUCCUUUUUACAAUGUUUUGUGAUGUGCCCAUAGACUUGACAUUUAUAGCACCUUUGCACUGCAUGAUAAUCAUUAACUCUACAUGAUGUCAUAUCUAUAAAUAUUUUUUUCUUAUUAAUUAUUGCUUUCCUAAUUUCGGGUUCACAUUCUACUACCCAAUGCACGGAAUCCUUGUUUUUCGGCCCUAAUUUGAAUGAUGGCUUGCAACCUUCUUCAAAUUUUUGUUUUUCUAUUCCUGAAUUGACAAAAUUUUUGUUAUAUAUUUCUUCAGUUACCUCUUUGUUAGUGAGAUCAGAUGGAACAUCAUAAACAAUUAU